AUGUACGGCGUCGUCGUAUUUUUAAUAAACUUAUUUUUUAUUAGCAUAAAUGCCGAUCCCUGUAAGAACGCGCAAGUGAUUUCGACUAGUUACACCACUAAAGAUGCUACCAUACUUAAACAGGUAGCUUUCAUAUCGAGUUUUUAUAUUAAAUGCGAUAUCGGUCAUAGCGGUUAUUUGUAUACGGUGUUGGGGGAUGUAAUUUCCCCUGUGGCGUCCGUAGGACAAGGGAAAUAUCAAAUUAGUUGGACUGAAGACGUCAAGACCGCACAAACCGGUGAUAUACUAGUUAAUGUUUAUAACGAAACCGGUUACAGUUUGUUGAGGAAAGCUAUUAGAAAUGGCGAAACCAUUUCGAAUGUACCCAUUUUUACUCGGAUUAAAAUUAAUCAUUCCGGAAUGUAUGGUGGUCCGUGGAUUUCUGGUGAACUGGUAGCAGCCGCUUUUUCUAUAACUAUAGCUUAUAUAGCUAUACAUUUUAGAAUGAAACUCCUAAGUCAACUGUGUUUUUAGUUAUUUCCAUUUUUUAUUUUUUAUUGUGUUGUGAUCUCACCCUGUAUACGAUUAAGUAAUGAUAAAGAAACCUAUAAACAUCGAAAAAAUUAGUUUUAUUAUUAUUGAAACAAAAAAAAUUGUAAAUAGAAACAUUAGGGGAGGUUUG